ACUCCUCCACGUCCUGCUGGCCAUGCUGACCUCAGCAUCCCCUCUCCUCGCUCCCAGGAUGCUCUGGGUCCUCUGGCUCGUGGCCGCCUUCAGAAGUGCUCAGAGUGAAGCCUGGGAGAGCCCCAACUGCACCCAGGGUGUGGUUUCUGUGUUGAGGGGCCAGCCAGCCACCAUGAGCUGCAGCAUCUCCAGUGCCUUCUCCCACAUCAACAUCUCCCUGAAAGCGAACCCCACGGCACCCUGGAAGCUCAUCUUCAGUGUAAAGGCCCCAGGAAACUUCUGCCAGGAUGGAUGGCAGCUCUGGAUUUGGGAGGGAGAGGCGUACCUAGUAACUGAAGAAGCCCUGGACACCCAGGCAGGGCAGUACAAGUGGAGUCUGAAGGGGCGCCAGAGACACAUCAGAACCACUACCCUGAACGUCUCAGACCCACAAGACCUCCUCCUCACACCUUCUACAGGCCUGGAGAAAUCGACACCCUGUUUCGAUGUUAAACCUGAACACAAGAGGCAGAUCCUGGUAAUAUUCCCCAUCCUUGCCCUGGUCGUCCUCCUCAGCCUGCUGAUCUGCACACUGGCUUGGUCCCAAAGAACAUGAAUAAGAAACAGUUUGAGGGACCUUCCAGGAAGCACUUGUGGAACCAAAAUGAAGAUAUCAGUGGCCUGAGAUGAUGCAUGAGGCCUCCUCCACCACCCCCAAAGGGUAGAGCAGCCCCUCUGGAUGGGAGGCUGGACAGGUGGCUGCUGGUGGAAUCUGUGUCCAACCUCCCUGGUCUUCCCCAGCCCUGGGGCUCCCCUCUCCGCCACCUGCCCCAC